UUACCGCAGUACUCCUGCAGCAUCCAGACCAGCCGCUGUGGCGCAGAAACAAACACGACGGAGCUCCGAGGAGGAUUUCUCUCUUCUCCUGUCCGCCUUUCAUGCGAGCUCCGGCGGGUUUCUGUGCGAUGCCAGCGAGGAGGAAACAUCUGAGCUUCCAGCACGGAGUCCUCAGAUAGGAGACAGCAGGACAGGACGGAGGAUCGAGGACUGUGGUGUCCAUCAGCUGCAGCAGAGGAGGCCUUCAGACCAUCACACCUCCAGCCUGCUCCUCAUUCUGGUAGCUUCUCAUCUUCCACCACACAAAGCAUGCACAUCAGCCCCACGUUCUCCUGCACGGAGGAGUAGCUGCACAUCUGGAACAUCUGGAACAUCUCAGACCUCAGGGAGAAACAGAUCUCAGGGCGUGGAGAUCUAAAGGAGCCACUUGACCAUCGACAGUUCAUUUCUACUUCAGGUUGAGGGAGCAAUAAUUCGAGGCAAUAAAUCCUCGUGGAACCAAAGACCAGAGGAGGAACGUUGCAGAAGAAGAUGAGGCCUGUUUGCACUUUAUGAUUUAGCUGAUAGCCGCCUCUCAGUCUGUUCAGCGUCAGGUAGAGAAGAAAACCUUCACAGCAUCGAUUUGAACACCUGGAGCUUCUCGGUUUGACUGUUUCUGAAGCUCCUCGACCAGAAAAGCGUCUUUUCUUCCACCAUCAUGGCUUCUUCUCACCUCCUGCUGCUGACGCUGUUCUGCGGCCUGUUCGUGUAUCGUUGCCAUGGCGCCUGCGCCGAGGUGGACUCGGACACGGAGGCCGUCGCAGGAAAAGGCUUCAAGCUGGGCUGCAUCUCCUGCAAGAGGAGGAGCGAGGUGGACGGAGCCGCCACCGUGGAGUGGUACUUCAGACCCAAAGGGGAGGCCGACUUCAUGAGGAUCUACACCUACAACGAGGAUGGGCCCACCAUUGAGCACGACCACUUCGUGGAUCGCGUCGACUGGAACGGAAGCAAGCGGAGCAACGACAUCCAGGACGCUUCCAUUUACCUGCUCAACGUCACCUUCAACGACUCGGGAACCUACAGCUGCUUCUUCAACCGGAUCCUCUUCUACGAGAACUACGAGUACAACACCGUCGUCACCAAGGUGGUGCACCUCACAGUGGUGGCUAAAGCCAGCAGAGGAACGGCCUCCAUCGUCUCAGAGGUCAUGAUGUACGUGUCCAUCAUCGGCCUGCAGGUCUGGCUGCUCAUAGAGAUGAUUUACUGCUACAGGAAGAUCGCCGCCGCCGGAGAAGAAGCGUUACGAGAGGCAGCAAAUGCUGAAUAUUUAGCGAUAGCCUCGGAAAGUAAAGACAAUUGUGCAGGGGUGCAGGUCGGAGAAUAGCACAGGCUUCCUUCAGGGACUGACAACAUCCUUCCACCCUCUGACCUGCAUGACCUGGAGACGAACUUCCUCCUCAUCUCAAGCCUCCGUUCUACCUUCUCCUCCACAAAGACCACUGGUGGAUCUACAAAGAGAGCAUGGUACCAGCACUGUAUAUAAAAUCUGCGCGCAAAAGCAUGUUCUGCACUUACAUGAGAAAACAUUAUGCAUUAAUGAGCCACACUGUCGAAAGCAUAUACUGUACAUACAGUGUUCCUCCGAGUAUAUGUAGUCACACAUUUAUAUGAAAUGUACGCGGAGCCGGCUGGACUCCGUCACGUUUGAUUGUACAAGAAAGCUUUUUACUAAACCGUCGCCACCUAAUGUAUAAACGAGACACACGACAUGUACUGUACGGUAAAGUUCUUUCUAAAAUAGAAUGUGAUGGACUAUGAUAGACUGUAUUUCCAGUUCAAUGCUAGUUGUACAUUCAGUGUAAAGAUGUACUAAUAAAAACAAAGAAAAUGUGGUGGAAA